AUGCUCACAAAUACCCCAAAACGACCGGCAAAUAAAGAUUACCUCGAUAAUGUCUACGUGGAGACGGCCCUAAAGACCGUCUGCAUCCUCUCUCUAUUUACAGUAUGCAUCCACACACCCCAGACACUGGCCGUUUGGUGGCCCCUCGGCUACGUUGUCUGGGCCAUUGACGGCAUAUGCGUGCUCAUCUUCACCGCCGACAUCCUGGCCAGGGCGUUUCGGGAUGGAUUCUAUAGGGACAGCGAUUCCCUUCUCGUCAACCGCUGGGCCCAAUUCGACGUGUUUAUGCUGUUCUCCCAUUGGCUGUCGUGGACACUCCAUUCCUACCGUAUCCUUGGAGAUCAACUACCUCACCUCGGUCUGCCGUACCACGAUACAUUGGCCGUUGUCCGUUCCGUCCGCCCGUUCAUCAUCAUCCGGUUGUUGAGACUGAUCAUCAACUUUAAGCUGCCCAAGCAUCGCAUCGAGCAGUUGUUAAAACGCUCCUCGCAACAAGUGCAAAACGUGACGGUGUUCUUCGUGUUCUUCAUGGCCUUUUAUGCCAUUAUGGGCAUCCAAUUGUUCGGCCGAAUGGAUUAUCACUGUGUUUUGGACACCACCGACCCGAACAAUGUGACAAUCGCCGACCUGGCCAUCCCGGACACGAUGUGCAGUCAACCGGGAGGAGGCGGCUACGAGUGUCCAGCUCCGAUGGUCUGCAUGCGGUUGAAUAUGGACGCGAAGACCGAAGGGUUCUACGGGAUGUUCAACGAUUUUGGCGCCUCCGUCUUUACCGUCUACCUGGCAGCAUCAGAGGAGGGCUGGGUGUACGUCCUCUACGACUGUAUGGACUCUCUGCCUUCGCAUUUGGCGUUCAUCUACUUCCUCACCCUCAUCUUCUUCUUGGCCUGGCUGGUCAAGAAUGUGUUCAUCGCCGUCAUCACCGAGACGUUCGCCGAGAUCCGCGUGCAGUUCAGUGAAAUGUGGCAGAAGAAGGAGGUGACGGUGGAUGACGGCUUCAAGCAGAAACUCGAAAAAACCGAAGACGGCCUUCGACUAAUCCGCAUGGAUGACGAGCUAGCCUUGGAGGGACGCAAGCAAAAACUUCAAGCGUUCCUGCGCUCGAUGGCCUUCCAAGGGUUGGUCAUCUUCUUCGUGCUCAUCAACGCCGUCAUCAACGCGUCGUUUGUACACAAACACGACGAGUCGGACAGGAUCAGAAGGAGAUAUUACUGGUAUAUUGAGAUCGGCUUCACAAUCCUGUUCAACAUCGAGUGCCUGUCGAAGAUCUUGUGCUUCAGCUGGGGCCCUUUUAUCAAGAGGGGCAUCUUCAAGUUCGAGUUGAUCCUGUGCAUCGGCAGUUCCCUCAACCUGAUCCCGUACUUCUACGAUCGGAACUACUUCACCUACUUUCAAGCAUUCCGCCUGCUUCGCCUCAUCAAAGCCUCGCCGAUAUUGGAGGAUUUUGUGUGGAAGAUCUUCAGCCCCGGCAAGAAGCUCGGCGGAUUGGUCAUCUUCACCAUCACCUUUGUCAUCAUCGCCUCGGCGAUCUCGCUGCAGCUGUUCAAUUCCGUGCCGCAUUUGGACCACUUCCACACGUUCCCCAAGGCGUUCAUGUCGAUGUUCCAGAUUAUAACGCAGGAAGGCUGGACGGAUUUUGUGGUCGAGGUUCUCCGUGCCACCCCUGACGGCGUCGUCCCCUUCGUGGCCAUCUACUUUGUCGCCUAUCACCUGUUCGUGACCCUGAUUGUGCUCUCCCUGUUCGUCGCCGUCAUCCUCGACAACCUCGAGAUGGACGAGGAGCUGAAGAGGGUCAAGCAGUUGAAGGCCAGAGAAGCGACUACCGAGAUGCGCUCAACAUUACCAUGGCGAUUACGGGUAUUUGAGAAAUUCCCGACGAGACCCCAGAUGGUCCGGAUGAAGAAAGUGGACUCGGAGUUUCCGAUGCCGAAGGUGCGGGAUAGCUUUACGCAUCAGUUCUCGAUCGAGCACGCCGAGCCGGAGAGCCCGGAUAUGGAAGUCGACAUGACCAAGUGCGUCUUCCGCCUGGCCGCCUCGCGCCGAAAAAACUACCGUACCCAGCCCCACGUCCGCCAUAUCGGCAGCAAUAGCAUGAAGGCCUCCAUCGCCAACCUCCUCGAGUGGGUCCAACAAAUGAUCUGCUACCGUAACCCACAAUAUUUUGUCGUCAUU